AUGCAAUCUACGCCUUAUCUCUUGCCACCGCCUCCUCGUCGCGUUCGCUCACGCAGCCUCCAGAUAGAGAUCUCUGGCAUCCCUGCCGAGAAUGGCAAGUGCAGAGUAGAAACACAGCUCAAGGUUGGCUUUCAACUGAGAGGCAAGCAUGGCGAGACCGUCAUGGACUGGAAGCAGAUUCGUCUGCCUCGUAUGCUGAUCGCCAAAGAGAAGCAUCGUAUAGAAAAGUUCAACGGUCGCGACAAACAACUACAAGAUUCAGAGAUCUUGAUCCUUGACGCUCGUUUGGUGUGCGAUCAUGACAAGUCAAAGGUCCUGGAGUGCUGCGACAACUGCAUUGGCAGAGAGCGCAAACGCGCACAUCGCCGGAAAGAAACCCUGAAACUUCCUGGGCCUUUGGGGUCGAUUCCGGUCUUUGGCGCCAUUCAUCCCAAGAGUGCGGGCGCCUCUCUUAUAGAUGAGUCGAAUCCACCGACACCAACAGACCCCCUCGAGUACCAGGCAUGGGAGCGGAGCAGGAUCAUGGUGUUCAGUAGCACUGAAUAUGUGGAUAUAUCGGCCGGCGAGUGCGUACUGCCCACUCGAAUCACAUGUUAUUGCCGACACCAUAAUGAGAAGGUCGGGUUCCGGAUUCAAUUCACUGCUCGAGAUUCCACAGGUGCAGUGGUCGCCUCCGUGCUAACAAACCCGGUGAUGAUGAUGGAUGAUCACAAGUCCGGGAAGAGGGCUGUCCCAAUCGAUGCCCGGGGAGCUGUGGCAAGACAUUCCGUAUCAGGACCAUCGCCGGCGGCACCUCGCCUUACCGUGAAAAGUCGAAGCGGUCAGCAGCAAGUAAAUCAAUACCUCCAGCCUGAAGAAGAUCAGGCGGAUGCUGAGUUGGACGGUAAUCUGCAGGAGGACCAAGAUGAGUUGGAUUUGGAAACAGGACGUCAUGUACAGCCUAUUCAUGGCAUGAACGGACUGAAGUCCGAGGAUGACGAACUCCCUGCCAGAAUGGUUGGCAAGCGGAGAGUCGAUGAUGAUGACCACUCGAUGGAAGACAUCCAAAUCCAGCAGCAAUCGUUCCGUCGUAAAACCUGCCAUGACCUUUCCCAAAGCUUCACUUCUUCCACCUUUCCUUUUGCAGCAUUCAGCCGAGACAGCUCCCUCUCUUUGUCCUCGCCCUUCAUGCCAGGAUCGCCGUUUGCGAACGAAGAGGACCAGAACGGUUUUGUGCCUUUGUUCGGCCAAAGCGUGCUCCAUAACGAGAAUAUGCCUCACCGGCACCAGCACCAUCUCUGCGGUGAUAUGUUCUCGAUCGCACAGAGAAACGGGUCCAUCCAGUCUGUAGAUGUAUCCGAGCAUGAACGGUUCCAUUCUGAGUCCGCCGCAUCGAUGAUGGAGUACUUUACGACUUUGGAGGAAUCCAUGUCCUCACCACCAUCGGGCGAUACCCAUGCGUCCUCUAUGCUUACCGGUCGGCCUUCCUUUUCGAUCCCUGCCACCAUCCACCCUACAUCCCCUGGCAUGUAUACUCCCAUCUCGCCGUUUUCACCAAACCACCCUCCGACCGAUUUCUCGAGUGAACCUACGGCCACAACAACCAUUCCUGCAUCUCUCGGACUGAACUCCAGCUUCUUGGAUACCACUCAGAUUCAAGAGUUCCAAACCUUUCAGCGCCACAGCGUGGGACAUUCACAGCAGCUCUUCAUGCAGUUCCAGCAAGGCAUUCAGCAACAGCGCCCAGGAGUGGAUACGACAGCGGGACCUUGGACUCCACCUCCAUCGGCGGUCGAUAUCAGAGACUUUCAUGAACUGAAGGCCGGGUUGACCCAAAACUCUCACCCCUCAUCAAGUGCAUUCAUCCAAAUCCCUGCUUCGCUGCCAGACAAUAUUGAAUCCGAAUGUUCUGACACAGCCAUGUCGUCAAUAACCGAUGAAGGGGAUGGAACUUUUGCAUCAGGGCCUAAGAAACGCGGCCGCCCACGCAAGUCCAUGACAGUGAUGCCCAAUGCUGCUCCAGCCUCAGGUGCCAGCUCGCCCAUGACCUCACCUAAGGUCCCAUCGACCAAUAUGCCUCCAUCUCCUUCUCCUCCGCCAUCGAAUUUGGGCUACCCCUCCACGGCUACGACGCCCAAGCUCUCCGACGCCAACGCUAUCACACCUUUUACAAGCAAUGCAGGCAGUAGUACUGCGGCAGCUGCGGCCCAGAUCCUGCUAUACCAGCAACAGCAGCUUCAAAUUCACCAGCAGCAACAACAGCAGCUUCAGCAGCAGCAGAAGCAGGCGAUUCUGACCUCCCGCCCAUUGCAGCAAUCCAAGCCGCGUGUUAAGAAGCUGGUUCCGGCCAAGGGGUCUAUUGAGGGCGGCAUGGAGGUCACGCUCCUUGGCACCGGGUUCUUUCCUGGAAUGGUCCCUACAUUUGGUGGAGUCCCUGCAGCAGGCGUCCAGUUCUACGGCCCCGAAACCAUUAUCUGCAGGUUGCCACCGCGUCCCCAUCCAGGUGUCGUUAUUGUCAAGGCACAACACCAAAGCCAGCCGCUUUCUGCCUCAGCUGCAGCAGUAGGAGCCAGGUCUGACGAUCCACUUUCCUUACCGAGCCAUGAGCUGGUUCGGACGAUGGCCCAAUUUCUGAACGGAUCUGGUUCGGUUGCGAGUGAUGAUGAAGAUGUCGGUGUGCUGUUCGAGUAUGAGGAGGACAAGGGCGAUCGAGAUCUGAUUGCACUGGCGCUUCAGGUGUUGGGGAUGAAGAUGAACGGUCGCGUAGAACCGCCUCACCAAGUCGCCAUGCGGAUCAUGGCCACUGCAGCUGCGCAACAGCAGCAGCUUGUGGAGCAACAACAGCAACAGCAACAGCUGCAGAAUGCUAUCAUGGCAGCGUCCAUUUCUGCAUCCGGCGCCGACGUCUUCGAAAGCGCUAGUGGUGCCAGCCAUGAAUGCCUCAGCGUCGACCUUGUUAACGCCGAUCCCGUUGCAGUCGCCACAGUCGCAGCUGUUAUUUCCGACAUCGGAAGAUAA